AUGCCAGCUAACUCCGGCGCCACAACGAAGCAAUGGCCGACCAUCGUCAAGGUUGAGACGUUCAUACCCGCCGACGGCUCAGACGGUGGUCACUAUCAUCGCAAGAAAGAGGGACACUGGAUUCUCGAUGGAGGCAAACCCCAUGCGACCCUACCCAACACCAAGUGCGGCAUCUCAACUCCCAUGUCUGGCUACAAGCAGUACCGGGAGGACCGCACCUCAUUCGGCAUCGGUGUGUUGGGAUCCCUCGUCUGCAUCAUCACCGCCAGCGACGGAACCCAAGGUAUCUCGACCGGCUUCGGAGGUCCUCCAGCAUGCUGGCUCAUCGAACAGCAUUUUAGUCGCUUCGUUAUUGGUAGUGACCCUAGGGACACGAACAGGAUCUGGGAUCAAAUGUUCAAGGCGUCGACCUUCUAUGGUGAGUGGGCUGGCGCUUUCAUUCUGGCUUGGAGCACACGCUCCCAUUCUCUCUUUACGUCAAACCUUUUUUUAAUGGAGGUAUGUAUAUUUUUUUAUCAUUCCGAAGGCCGCAAGGGUCUACCGGUUGCCGCCAUCUCUGUCGUCGAUUUGGCCGUGUGGGAUUUGCUCGGCAAGAUUCGUGGCGAGCCCGUCUAUGUGAGUCUCAUUCAGUACUGCAGAACCUUCGUGGCCGCUACCUUUGCUACAAAAAUUCUGAAUCUGCUUGUUUUCUUGCUUCGCUGCGGCAGAAAAUGAUUGGGGGCCAAGCCAAAGAUGCCAAGAUCCCCUUCUAUCUUACGGGGCCCGAGCCCACCUAUGCGAGGGGACUCGGCUUCUGGGGAUCCAAGGUCGCCCUUCCUUACUCUCCGAACGAUGGCUUCGACUCGCUGCGACGCAACCUCGACUUUUUGAAAGCGCACCGAAAAGCUCUGGGGGACGGCUUUCCACUCAUGGUCGAUUGUUGGAUGAGUUUGAACGUGCACUAUGCGAUCCAACUCGCUCAGGGCGCUAUCGACGAGGGCAUUGACAUCACAUGGUGGGAAGAGGUGAGGUUCGAGACUGUCUGCCGUCCAAAGUCGUGGAACCUCAGACGCUGAUCUGCUGCCGUGAUGCCCUAUUGCAGGUCCUGCACCCAGAUGACUUUGACGGGCACAAGCUAUUGAAGCAGAGGUUGCUUCAGGUAAAAUGGACCACUGGCGAGCACGAAUACUCGCGAUACGGGUGAGCUUGUCAGAUCCGAUUGAGAAGCCUGCUUCGUCUCAACAGCACUGACGACGAGUGAACUCUGACACGCAGUUUUCGCCAACUCAUCGAAGGUCGAGCGGUGGACAUGCUUCAACCGGAUGUGAUGUGGAUGGGGGGCCUCACCGAGCGUGAGUUGAUCCCCUUUCUUUGAACCCUCGCCUAAGAUCCCUCGACUCACACAUGAGCUUUCCGUCGCAGUCCUGAAAAUCUCAGCGCAUGCGGCGGCUUAUGACAUCCCAGUAGUACCCCACGGAUCCGGACCGUACUCGUACCACUUUAUCAUGUCACAGCCUCAUUCGCCAUUUUGCGAAUGUGAGUUAUGUCUGCUUUUCGCUGCUCUUCGCACUUGAGCAAACCCGAGGCUUACCGAGCAACCCACGGUAAUGGUCACAGACAUCGCAAACUCGGCCGACGGAAAGUCGAUUGCCCCCGUUUUUGGCAAUCUCUUCCUCAACGAGCCGGUCCCCCACGAUGGCUCGAUUGACAUCUCCGAUGAUUUGCCCGGUUUCGGUCUCGAGCUGAACCCGGCCGCGCGAUUGAUCACCGCCUCCGCCUUCUUGGCUCCUAAUCCCGACAGUGGAUUGAGUAUGACGGACGAUGAGAAGCACGCAAGAGACCGUCAACUUGCAACUACGAAGACGAACGGAGCCAACGGAGUCAACGGUCCUUGA